GGCUGAGAAGCCUUGUUCAAUUGGCUGACUCCUUUAGCUUUAUCGCCUUUGUGCAAGGCUCCGAUGAAGCAUUGACUUCGGAGUAAUGCCAUUGCUAAGGGUUUGUCGACGUAGGCGGGUCUGCCGAACACCCUGAAAUACCUGUGGUCUUACGAUGUCAGCCGAUUGAUGUCGUGCACCGGGACAGGACUAACCAAUAUGAUCUCGCCCAUUCUUUUCAAGAUAAGGAGGACUAGUCUAUGUUGUCUCUAGAGGGACACAUAUGAUGGCCUGGAGAGCUGCCCAGCCUUGCUAGCAGCAUUCUUAGGCCGAUGAUCGAGUCUUCGGAAAUCCCGUCUCUGCUAUAUUCGACUAGGCUGGUCGAUAUCAAAGUACUUUACAAGUCGAGAGAUACUAUCAUUGACCCGAGCGGCAGCUAUAACUAUAUCCACGGAUCGCCGCAUGCUGUCUCGUCGCGGCUUCGACAAAACCGUUUGAACACUCCGUGAAGUGUCUGGGAAGAAUUCUUGACGCCUUGUCCAAACAUGACCGUCAAAUCUUUCCUCCGCCGACUUGAUCAGCGGAUUCAGACUCAAGAAAGCAGGAUCCAGAAGAGAGAGGGGACGAGGAGAUGGGGAAAUGAAGAUCUCGACCCGACACCGGUCCAGCAACGAACAUGGAGGCAUUGGAAUUACUUCAUGUUCUUUUGGGCGGUUUCCUUCAAUCCGAAUCAAUGGAACACGGGCUCAAGCCUGGUGAACCAGGGACUAAAAUGGUGGCAAGCUCUCCUCUCCAUCGCAGUGGGAAACUUGCUCUGUUCCGUCGUCCUGGUCAUUCAAUCUCGUGGACCCGCUGUUUAUCACAUUGGAUAUCCGGCAUUUGUACGCGCCAGUGCCGGCAUGUUUGGGUCUUUGUGGUUCAUCUUCCUCCGAGGCUGUGUCGCCAUCAUCUACUUUGCAACCCAGACAUUUUACGCGGGCAAGUUGUUUGACGUGAUGCUUCGGUGCGCAUUUGGCCACAACUGGCAGGACAUUCCGAACCACUUACCAGAAAGCGCCGGCAUCACCACCAGGGGCCUUGCCGCGUUCUUCCUCUACUGGGCAGUCCAGCUGCCCUUUAUGCUGAUCCACCCCCAACGCGCCAAGUGGCUCUAUACGAUCAAGAGCACAAUUGCCCCUCCCGUGCUGAUCGCGGUUUUUGGGUACGUGGUGGGCAAGAACGGGGGGUUGACGGGCUCGUCGCAGAUCACCAAGACCUCGACCACCACCGCUCUCGGAUGGGCGUUCAUGAACGGCAUCAACUCUGUUUGCGGAAGCAUCUCUCCCGAGAUCAUGUCCAACGCGGACCUCGCCAGGUACGCCCACAAGCCCUCGGAUGCCGCGUGGGCUCAAGCCGUGGGUAUCUUCACGAGCAAAACGUUUGUCAUCUUCAUGGGCAUUGCCUGCUCAAGCGCCUCGAUGAACCUCUGGGGCACUGCGUAUUGGAACAUGUGGGACCUCCUGGGUGCCAUUUUGGACCACAACUGGAAUGCCGGGGCGCGCACGGCCAUCUUCCUCGUCUGCCUGAUCCAGGCACUUGCUGUCAUGGCAACCAAUCUGGCGUCAAACUGCUUGCCUGUGGGCGCGGACUUGACGGGGCUGUUUCCCAGGUACUUCAACAUUCCACGUGGCCAGGUCUUUUGCGCAGUCAUCAGUCUCGCCGUGGUGCCCUGGAAACUACUGGCGUCGGCACAGACCUUCCUGACCUUCCUGGGGUCCUACGUCGUCUUCAUUGCACCAGUGAUCGCCAUAAUGAUCGUCGAUUACUGGAUCGUCCGUAAGGGCAACAUCCACGUGCCGUCUCUGUACGACGACAGUCCCGACAGCCCUUAUUUCUACUGGAAGGGCUUCAACCUCCGCAUGUUCGCGGCGUGGGUUGCCGGCGUCGUCAUCGUGAUCCAUGGGCUCGCUGGGUCGUACAAUCCCCAUUUCAGCCAGGCCAGCAAGGACAUGUACACGAUGGGCUUCAUCCUGGCGUCCCUGACAGGCGGUCUGGCAUACUACAUCCUCGUCCGCAUCUGGCCGAUCAAGCCGUACCCGGCGGAUCGUGACGGCAAACCCAUGACGCUGGAGUAUCUUGGUCGGACAGACGGGUACUUUGAGGACGACGUUAUCGACGGAGUCAGCAGCGGGCACCAGCAGGAGGCGUAUGACGAGAUGAUGACCCCUAAGGAGAAGGAUGUGGCGCACACUUUCACGACGUUGGCCUGAAAUAUUCCUUCUCAUGGGAUAGGUAAUGUGCAAACGUCGUCAUGGGUGCUGAAUGUCGAUGGGAUGCACGCUAUAUAUCAAAUAUGGCUGGCAAUACGGCCAAGGACCAAGGGAUAGAC